UUUCCCCAAUAUCCCUAUUCCCAGAUCCAAUCGCGACUACUACUACCAUGGCAGAAGCGGCCGGCGGCGGCGGCGGCGGCGCCCUGCUCCCCGAGGAUCUCGUUAUCUCGGAGAUCCUCACGCGUCUGCCGGUGAAGCCCCUCCUCCGGUGCCGCGCCGUCUGCCGCUCCUGGCGCCGCCGACUCACCUCCGAUGCCAAAUUCCUCCUCGCCCACCACCGUCGCCAGCCAUCGCUCCCGCUCCUCACCACCUUGGGCAGGGACAGGCAUGAGAAAAGGAUCGACGCCCUGGACCACCGCACCGGCGAGCGGCAUCCCGUCGGGCGGAUCGCUGCCUCCGAGGACGACCUCCACGUGCUCGCUUCCUGCGACGGCCUCAUCAUCCUCCAUGCCUACGGCGGCCUCGAGAUCUGCAACCCGGCGACCCGCCAGCGCGCGCCCCUCAAGCUGCUCCACGGCGCCGACUACAUCGCGGCGCUUUACCCUCACCGCCCAUCCGGGUCGCACCGAGUGCUGUGCUGCUUCGAGAGAGGCGAGGACGGCCACGCGGUGUACCACGUGCACAUCGUCGGGUCCGGCGAGCUCAGGUGUGUUGGAGAGCCUCCCGGGCCGUGGGCGUCCGGGGAUCUGGCGGUGGCGGUGUCGACGAUGCGGUUCGUUCACCCGCCCGUCCUGGCAGACGGCAGGAUCUACUGGCCUCCGUUGAUGCUGUCCGGCGGCAACGGCGAGGGGAAGGAAAACAACAUGCUGGUGUUCGACACCAUGUCCGAGUCCUUCCAGCAUUUGCUGUCGCCCGGCGAUGGCCCCUCUCUUCAGCUGUUUGAGAUGAACAAUGGCGCUCUUGGAUUGUACCACUGCCGCGGCAAAUCGACUGAUCUUUGGGUGCUAAAGGAUCACCAGAGCUGGUCCUGGUCGUUGAACAGCCGGAUCAAAUUGGACGUGCCGGUUUUCUCUCUGCUGCCGGUACUGGGCCCAGAAGGAGAUGUGCUCGUCCUUUCUAACAGAGGGGAAUCAGGCAUGCUCGGGCGAUAUCUGCAUCACAUUUCUGGUGCCAAUGGCAGUUUGUUGGCACGGUAUGAAUGGAGUGGUUAUCUGAGGCUUACCAAGCAUAGGUUGAAAGAGAGCCUUGUCCGCCAUGACUUCUUCUUGAUGCAAGGUAAUGCUGGUGGUAUGGAUGAAAAACCAUUGUUCGAUGGCUUGUCAACUGUGGUGACGCUUCGUGAUGAUAAUUCUGAGUCCCAUUGAGGAACAACGGUAUUAGUCUGUCCUGGCAAGCUGUUUCAUCUCAGCUGGAUGGAGUCACUCCUGAUGAUUCUGAACCGUCUAGUAAAAAGAGCGAUGCAGAUUAGUAAUAACCUGAAACUAUACCUUGAGUCUGGUAUUUAUUUCUCUUUUCACAUGAGUCAUGAACACACACUUUAUUUUGGUUAUGUCGUCUCUUUUUAACCUUGUGUCUUUUAUUUGUAAUAAUUUGUGACCAUCUCUGGUAAUCAAGUCAUGCUGCAUAGAGAUUUCAGUAAGCUGAUAUGUCUGCCUCGCGGUGUAAGCACACAAUUUUAAUUUUGUAUUUCUUAGCUGUGCAAAGUCUGGGUAGGGUGCGAAGUAUCCAAUAAGCAGCAACAGUACGAUGAGUAACCUGCAACCAUUGUGUCAAGUUUUUGGUGCUUUUCCCGUCUUCACUCGAGUCACGAACAUAUAUAUGAUCGGCAGGCAGAAUAAAGUACUCUGGUAAUCAAUUGAUGCUGCACAGAGAUUUAGAUAAGCAACUCCCAGUGUGAACUUCUCUACUAGUCUGCUUUGAUUUUUCAUUAGGCCUUUUCCCUAUUUGUACUCGUUGUGUUUAGCACACAAUUCCAAUCUGUAUGUUUUCCA